AGUCAACACUAUAUCUUGAUAUCUCCACAUCCAAAGCCAAGAAACGGAAGAAGCAAGAGAAUCCUCCUCUGCAUUAUCGAUGAAGGCAUAGUCGAUAGACUAUGCGACUGUAGCUCAUCAUGGCCACCCCAAACACAGCCCUCUCCGCCGUUCUACUCGUCGCCGGCAUCGCGCUGAUGCUCGUCAUCCACAUCCUCGCGCUCUUGUGGGCGCUCCGGCGGGGGCUCGGCCCCCGCGGCGACUCCCGCUCCCGCACCGACGAGGAGCGCGCGGUGGACGGCUGCGGCGGAGGAGGCGAGGGCCUGUCGCCUGGCAAGCUCGACGCGCUGCCAUGCCACGACUAUAAGGCUGCAGACGGCGGCAGGGGCGAGGACUGCGCGGUGUGCCUUGAGGCAUUCGAGGCCGGCGACCGGUGCAGGCGGCUGCCGCGGUGCGAGCACAGAUUCCACGCGUCGUGCGUGGACUCGUGGCUGAGGAAGAGCCUCGGGUGCCCCGUGUGCCGCGCGGACGUGGUGGACCGGUCGCCGAAGGCGGUGGUGGCCGGAGAGGCGGCGGCUGGGGCUGUGGAGAUGGCGGAGAGGAGAAGCCCGGCCGCGUUGGAGAUCGUCGCUGAAAGAUAGCUCCGUGUAUAUGGCUGGGGUUAGGAGUGUUACACUAGAUUUGUGCUGUUUGUGUAAGCAUGUACAUUUAAGCAUGUAACUAAGUUGUUUCAU